AUGCCCCCAACGCCGCUCCUCAGCGUGUACAAAGAGUACAAGAAGGACACGAACUCAGUUGCCGCAUGGCUCGCUUCAACUGCCAGAGCUGCAGGCUGUCCAUUAUCUCUACUCACCGACUCUCCUACCACUUCUGAUCGUCUCAAGGGUAAAGAUAGGAAGCUAGGCAAGUCGAAGAAGCUAUCCCGAGACAGCAAUACAUACAUCAUUCCUGUCAGCAAGUUUAUCCCUCUCGCAGAAUACGUCACCUCUCAGAAAGAUCCAGUCAUAACGGUGCCUGCUUGCGUCAUUUUAGCCAUCGAGAGAGCCAUCAUUGCGAGAUCAGACUUUGCCACACAGCUUUCUCAUCAAGGAGAGACUUUGGAUACCGAGAAGAAUAAGAAACACUCACACUUCGUCACCGUCUUGGAGCGUACCCGCGAUAUUCUCAGCUCGAAAGCGAGUAUGUCACCCUCUCCAGCUUCUGUUUUCUGCCCAACUUCGGGUCAAGAUAUACCGGACGCAGCAAACAUUAAUCGAUUCGCCUCGCUCGGAAUAAAUCAACUUCCAGAGGAAUUCACACAUAUGAUGGCGAUGGAAAGACCUGAGCCUGUCAUAAACGACCCAAACUUCUAUGAAGCUGAACAACCAACAAGCUUCGAGGAUGCAAAAGACAUUGCCCACAUGCUGUUGAAAGAUCUUUCGAACAUCCGCGAUGAGAUUAUCUCUAGUUGGCGUCGCUUCAAGGAUGAUUGCUGGGACCUGCCCGCAGCCGCAAUAACUUCAAACAUUGGGCUGGACCUUGCAAGAUUUAUCAUCCACCAAGCCGAACCCAUUUUUGAGCAUCACGGUGGUAUGGUCAAAUUUUUCGAGUUCUUGAACUGGACGACAAGCGAAUGGCUGAGCGGCAUUUGCCCCGACGCUAAUGUAGAUGCGCUCAGACAACGUUUUUAUUUGUCUGCCACAUCAACUUUAAACACUUGCCUGUCCCUCGUUCACAAUAAAUGGAUUAAACAGGUUCCUCGAUGUCUCGAGAACUACGACCCCGCGGUCUCUCGAGACCACAUGUCUAAUGAUGAAAAGAUGGCGGCUGAUUAUGGGUUUCUGGGCAACUUAUUUGUGCUAUCAGCCAAUCUGAACAGCUACGUCAAGGGGCUCCCAGUCCUCGACGAGUUCAAUCGUGAAGUCGGACGUGUCUUGGAGUCCGAGAAAAUGACUUUCUUCUUGGUGUUUGCCGGUCAGGUUUCUCUUGACAUCAAUCAUCAUAUUGGAAAAGAUGCCCUAAAAAUUGUUGACAAGAUGCAACAAGAACUGAAAACAAUUGAGAGCACUCUUGAAUCAUAUCUUACUACUGCCGAGCAGAAAUCUAGGGAGGAUACGGAAAUUGUACACAACAUCCGGGACGGGCUGAGGUUUAUCAAAAAGGAUGAACUUUUUGAAGACUAUGAUAGAGCUGCCAGGGGAAACAACAUGGAGCCACCUCUCCCAUAUGUGAGACACCAUCUCUACAAGACAUCGCCGAUUCUAUGUGGUAUAAUUAUCUUCCAUUUCCGAGCAAGAUUGUAUGAGUUUAGCACUCGUCCUAGGGCUAUCGCAGUUAUCCAAGAUGUCGCCCAUCUUUGCCAUGCUCUAUAUUCCGAGGACAUUCUCAAUUUGGACUAG